GAUUGGAAAGGAAUAAAGCGAUGCUAGCAUACCAUGUUAGGUCAGGUAUAAAGUCACAUUGCUUAACCGUUAAUUCUGGCUCAUGUUUUCUUGGUCUACACUCAUUAGUCUAUUGAUUAAUGCCAAUAUAAUAUCAUUGAAUGCUUUUCCAGUCAGAGAUACAUCUCCACAACUGUUUGGUUUGAUGUAUGCUAAAGAAACAAAAAGCUCACGCGAACGAUACCAGCUUAAACAUGAUGAAACAAAUCCGAACUCUUCAAUGUAUAUUUAUGAUUACCAUAAUGAAGGAGAUGCUAUAUAUGUAGUAAUCAGUAUUUCUAAAAAGGACUUGGAGUUUGUAGAUAAUUAUCAGAUCAAACCUGUUAUAUGCUCCAUCAGCUACAGCAGUCAUAUACCUUUAGCUUUAUCCUAUGACUUGGAUUUUACGUUGUCCGCUGAGCUUGUUAAUCAAUCGUGGUAUUGGUUACCACCUUCAUUAAAUGCGAGUACAAAUAUAUCAGUUUAUAUAUUACCAAAAUUAGUGGGACUAGACUAUUUGGUAUUUUGGAUUCGUCAAGCGAAACCAAAACAUGGAAAUAUUAGUCCUACUCCUUGGUUUGCUAAUAAUUCCGCGACCCUCAGGAAGCAAUAUUUUGAUAAUUUAAUGAUUGACCAUCGACUCAAUGUUUCUUUAUAUAAUAACCAAGAUUAUAAUGAUGACAACAAUGAAAACAACACAAUGGGUUUUCCCGUAAUUGUAACUGCAGAUAAAGGCAUUGGUCAUCUACUUUUCCGUAUCAUCGUCAUAAUUAUGGUGAGUAUAUUCACAUUCACAAUGGGGUGUGAUUUGGAAGUUCCUUUGAUCUUGCAUCAUUUCAAAAGACCCAUUUCUAUAUCAAUUGGAUUAUUUUGUCAAUUCUUUUUUAUGCCAUUGAUUGCGUUUGGUAUCGCAAAAAUUAUACCAAUUAGGUCGGACUUUGGUUUUGGUUUACUUACUAUUGCUUGUUCUCCAGGUGGUGGUGCCAGUAAUGGUUGGUGUCUUCUACUUGGAGGUGAUAUCAACUUGAGUAUAUUAAUGACAUUCAUUAGUAGUUUAUCGGCUCUUUUUAUGAUGCCUCUUCUUCUAUUCAUCUACGGUCGAUUCUUUAUUGAUGUGACCAAAAUAAAAAUUCCAUACGUCAAUAUUGUCUUCCAGUUAUUACAAGUAGCUAUACCUGCAUUAAUGGGUUUAGGUCUACGUAUAUGGAAACCGAAAUUGGCUGUUAAAUGCACAAAGUUAACACGUCCAUUAUUUUAUUUAUUCAUAUUAUUCUUUUUAACCAUUGGUGUGUAUAUUAAUUGGUCUUUGACUCGUUUAUUAGGUGUAUAUCCUUUACUUAUUCUUACAAGUGCAUUAUUACCUUGGCUUGGCUUUUGUAUAGCAUCAUUAUUUACAUUUAUUCUAAGACAAUCACGAAAAUUAGUUAUUACAGUGGCCAUAGAGACUGGUAUACAAAAUAUUGGUGUUGGAAUACUUGUUUUAUUGUAUACAAUGCCAAAACCAAUUGGUGAAUUAGGUGCUAUUAUGCCAAUUACUGUAGCUAUGGUUACACCAAUUCCUUUGUGUUUAAUAUAUUUAGGCUUGGUAAUCAAGCGUAAAUGUUGUGACCAUCAGAAUGAGCCUGUUAUUCAUGAUCCUUGUGAAAUUGAACCCCUCAGUACCACGAAAAUAAGUAGUAAAUUCAAUAAUGACAUAAUGAACCCACCAACUGAUACCAUUAAAUCACCUACACAAGUAUCGUUAACAGAUACAACUGUUACCAUAAGCAACACUGUCCCUCAUGAAGGUAUAUAAAUGAACUUAUGUAAAGUCAGGUUGGUGGUGUUAUUUUUCAGUGAUUUCUAUUUUUGAAUCACAAUAAUUUUGUAGUGUGAUAAUAUGCAAAUCUUUUUAGUUUUCUAUUGAACCAUUUCUGUUUUAAAUUGAACUUUUCUCAAUUCAUCUAUUAUUGAUCUUAUCAAACACAGUAUCUUAUGUUCCCUGUUUUAAAAAAUGUAAUCAGAUUUCAGGAAAUAAAAGAAUCAUCUUUAUUUACAAAAAUAUAGACGUGAUUUAAGUAUCCUGACAAUGAAUUUUUUUUUUAAUUUCAAAGCAUUCAUUUUUACCUGUUUUCUCUGAUUUAUUAACCUACCUUUAGUUUUGUGAUAAAUGUUCUCAUUUUGUAGAAUAAGAUUUUGUUUUAGUUAAGUUCAGUGAAAAAAAAAGUUAGAAAUAAAAAUCUUCCAACUAUGAAAUUCAAUACCUUAAUUUAUCCAUCAUGAACAAUACCAAAUAAAUGUAAAGAGAAUGAAUGGAAUAAACCCAAUGACUUAUUAAAACGAAUGAAGACAAUUCAGCAGAGGAAAUUUUUUUUUUGUUGAACAUAAUUAUCUUAUUAAACGAUCCAGUUGUAUUUAUAAAAACUUUUUUUUACAUUUAGUAAUUGUAAAAUAGAUGAAUGUUACAAAAUUAUCAAGGAUGAUUAAACUUAUUCAAACACUGACUGUAAAAGCUUAUGAAACUGAAAGGUGUUCCAUCAUUUAACAAAAAAAUCAAAGAUUAACAAAAGUUAUUGAAUAU